AUGGGGUCGAACCAGAAUGUCACCUUCCAAGGCUACGUACACUCAACGCUGGACGCUUUGCUCAUCUUCGAAGGUGUGCGGCGCGGCAUCCUUCCGAAAAUCACGCGUCGGCUUCGCGACGACGAGCGCAAGCAGAUCGCGAGCGGAACCAUCUUUGUCUUUGACGAGCAGGAAUCGAGCAUCAAGCGCUGGACCGACGGCAUGAUCUGGAGCCCCAGUCGGAUCCUCAACAACUUUCUCGUCUACCGCGAGGUGGAGAAGAAGGAUCCGAAACCCGCUUCCGACCAGCCUGCGUUCGCAUCGUCGCAUUCUGGCUUCGGUAUGCCCGGCGUCAGCAACGACAUGUCUGCGCAUUCCUCCGUUCGCUCUGUGCCUCUGACGCUCAUGUCGAGCUCCAUGGACGCGGAUGCACAGCUGGUACCCUAUCGACAAGAGCAUACCGGAUACCAUGCGCUCGAGGUCGUUCCCUCGUCUUCUCAUGCCCUCUACACAGACCAAGACGGCUUUCUCGGUAACCACUCGUAUCCGUAUCAGUCGUCACAGGCGCACACGCAACCGCAAGCCGCCGGAAUGGUCGGAAUGCUCGACAACAGCGCAGCCUCGUCGUCGGCGGCCGCCAAGCGAGAAGCCGAGCUGGAUAGAACCAUCGUCGGCAGCUUGACUAGCAGCUAUCCAUUCGUACGCGACGGCCUCUGCAAGAAGACCAUCUCCAUUCAGGUCGAGGGCUCGACGCAGCAUCUCAUCUCGUACUACAAAAUCGACGAUGUCCACAACAACCGCCUGGCUACCCCCUCCAGCCUGCGCGAAAUCUCGAGCCUGGUCAUCUCCCCCAUCUUUCUCAAUAAGAGCAACUUUCGCUACCCGCCCAUCGUCGAGACGGGUCCCGACAAUAUUCCUCGCUACGUCGCCGAAGCAACGGACAACACAAUGCGCUCAUCGGGCAACAUGAGCAGCGGCGGCGAGAGCUAUUCGUCUUCCGACGCGCGGCACGAUGGCCUCGCAAGAGCCGCAAGCCACUCCUUGACCAUCUACUCGCCCGGCAUGACCUCGGACACAGCGCACAACGACCCGCACAACCAGCGAUACCCACACACGAUAGGCGGGGACGGCAUGCUUCCCAUGUCCGCCACGUUGCCGAUGUCGGCCUCCAGAGGUCGCCGAACCUCAGACGCUCCACGGCGACGAGCCAACACCAGGUACGAGCCUUACCAAUCGUCCGCCGCCUUCGGUCACGGAAUGGUUCCCCAUCAGCUCUACACGAGCGCUCAGGGCGUGGAGGAGGGACCGCUCUCCCCGUCAGGACGCCGAAUCAACCUCGCAGGAGGGCGCACAUUUGGCGACGCAGAGUCGCUCUACCACUCGGACCCUCGAUCGCUCACGAUGCAGCGACAGCAGAACGAAGGGGUCCCUGGGACGCCGCAUUUUGCUCAGCCCAGCAGUGUGGUCGCUGGCCAGCCUUCGACUCCCGUGGACCCGCAAUUUCCUCCAAUGCAUAACGUCGACCAGCAUGGAUCCUUUCCGCAGUCGUUUCAGCCCGGGUCGAUGAUGCCGUUCGUUCCGAGCCAGCCUGCUCGUAGCCAGGCAGGCUACGUCAUGGGUGUCGAUUACAUGCAAAACCGCUCCGAGGUGCCUAUGGUGAAGCAAGAGCAGGACAGCCCCUUCCACUUUUCUUCUUCGCGGCUACCAAGAGGCAGCUGGGACUCGAACCAGCCCAACCAUACCGGCUCCUUCUUCCACAACAUGCAGCCGCCUCCAGCAACGAGCCAAGGCUUGACGUCGAUGCCCGUCCAUAGCCAAGCCAACUUCAGCGGCCCGGUCUACACGCGUCAGGCUGGCUCUCCGCCCAACACGAGCUCUUCGCACGACAGUCGCCACUCCUACUAUGGGAACGGCACUCUGCAGACGACCGGACGAAUUGACGAGGUGGGCGGCCAUUCGCGCAGCUAUGAGGAGGCGAGCUACGCCUCUCGGCCUAUCUCGCGCGCAGGAGAAGGAGGGUACGCUGGCGGCCUAGAUUCGGCUGGCGUGGUGCGGAAUCGCAUGUCGGAAGCUUUGCAGACUCCAUCGAAUCCCGCAAGCCCGUAUCCACGACCACAGCAACAUCGACCACCGCAGCAGUACAUGUCCAGCAACGACGUUUCGGGCUAUGAUUCGUACGACCGGCCUUCGAGCGCGGUAGACGGGCAGCAGUCGCUCUACGCUCAGCAAGUGUCGCAUGCAUCGGCCGAGCACGAGGAAGACCAGCUCAACCAGCAAGCUUUCGACCGAAGCGCCCAGAGCAACGAGCAGGCCUGGUCGUCGUCUAUAGCGCCCGACGGCAACGGUGGGAUGGAAGCGUCCCGACCAGGCACGUCGCCCGAGCAGAGCUAUCGCCAGCAGCAUCCGUUCGAUGAUGGCGACAACGAUGCUACUGGCGCAAACGACGGCGGGCUAGAAAGGGUCAUGUUGACGAGGCCCGCUUCUUGA